UAGAAUAACCUAGACAAAUAUUGGAUUUUUUUUCUCCUUUUUCGUUCUUCCUCUAAAUCUUUGUUUCACACUGUCCUGCAGUUUUUUUGUGUGUGUUUUUUUUUUUUUUUUUACGUCUCACUGAAACGCACAUGUAUUGUGCACUGAAGACUCAGUCACGCACAUGUGGGGGAAAAAAUGAAGCCUAUGUUUUUGUUCUUUUUCAUCAUGUGGUUUCCAUCCGCGGAGCUGAAACCUCGGAGAGGCUCCGGAGUGGUUUGUACUUUUAAAGACAAAACCUACAGACCAGGAGACAGCUGGCAUCCCUAUCUGGAGCCUUUUGGAUACAUGUUCUGCAUGCGCUGCGUCUGCACAGAGACAGGCCAYGUGAAGUGCAACACUAUCAAGUGUCCUGCGUUGGCGUGUCAGAACCCCGUGACAGCGCCUCAGCGGUGUUGUCCAAGGUGCACAGAUGAGCCCAGGAUCCCCGCAGGGCUGAGGGCGCCAGUCAAAACCUGCAGCCACAACGGGACUGUCUAUCAGCCAGGGGAGACCUUCACCACCCAGGGUCUCUUUWCAUCCAGGCAGAGCAAUCAGUGCGUCAUGUGCACAUGCUCAAAUGGAAACAUCUUCUGCGCUCUGAAAACAUGCCAGCCUGUCACCUGCUCUUCACCAGCUUCUCUCCCAGAUUCCUGCUGUUUGGUGUGCAAAGACCACAGCAGCAGCUCAUCGUCCACCGAGGAUGGAAACCAUCAGCUGAACAGAGGCGUCAGACAUUCAGUCGACCAGUGUUCUGGCGAGCAGAGCCGGGUGAGGUCGGACCGUGCCACCAGGAUGAAGGCCUCUGCCAGGGCUCUGAGCCUCAGCAGGCUCAACCUCAGAGGGGCCCCGGAGACCACGGUGAGGAUUUUACUGCAGAGGAAACACCAGCGAGUGUGUUUAUACAACGGCAAGACGUACUCUCAUGGAGACAUGUGGCAUCCAGUUUUGGGGAAGGUCCUGGAAUGCAUCGUUUGCACUUGCAUCGAUGGCCUCCAAGACUGCAAGCGCAUCACGUGUCCGGGCCAGUAUCCGUGCCAGCACCCAAUAAAAUUGGCCGGUAAAUGCUGCAAGACUUGUCCAGGUAAAGAGAGAAAAGCUGAAAUGAACCAGACCCAGUGCUAUCCUGGGUAUAAAAACAACCUUUUGGUGUAUAAAGUAGAACCAGCCUUGAAAGUUGAUUCUCCCAACACGGUUAGAAUCAUUGCUGCUGAAAGACAAAGCACUGCUGAGAUUGAAGUGCAAGCCUGGAGCACAGCAGAAGGUAUUUUACAAAUAAUGGAGAUUGGCGACGUUCAAAGGAAAGACAUCACAGAUCAUCCGGAAAAUUACACUCUCCUUACCGCUCUCGAUGAAGACACGUGGAAAAAAUUUAAAGAGUUGGGAGAAAACCUGAGCAGAGCUUCUCAGACCACCAUUUGUGGAAACGGCAUUCGGGAAAUAGUGAUGUUCUUGAAUCCAAAGCAAACUGAAGACCUGUGUUCACCAUAGCAACCACUCGUGAUAUCAGUAUUCACACUCAAAUGACAUGUUAUUCAUACAAGCUGCACUUGUUUUUUAAAUUUUAUUUUAUUUUAUUUAUGCAAGUGAACUUUCUUACUCUUCAUGUUUUUUAUGCAUCUUUGCCAUUUUUGUCUGGUAUCUUCAAACAGUGGUGAUGUUGACAUCCAUCUUGGUUGUUUACGAUUCUUGUAAUAAAUCGAAACAUUAUUAGAUUUGAUAAAUUAGUUCUGAAGCUCGAACCAUGAUGGCGACAGGCAUGUUGCACUAGCUGCAUACACCUGUCGCUCGUUACAUUAUGACCAGCGACAGGUAAAAUGGAAAAUGCUGCUUUGCAGUUACGGCUGUCAGUGAGUUUAUUAAUAACACAUGAUGUUAGCACAGGGAUAAAAUGAAUGCUAGCAUUGUGUACGUAAUGCUGAUGUGUUGGAAGAGAAAAAAACAUAUGUAAUUGUAAGAAUUGAGGUGAUUUUGACAGAUGAUGGAUCAGGAUGGCUGGACAACCGUAACAUGUCCACAGUGGCAGCUCUGGUGUGAUGGCUGGUUGUAUUGGUGUUUGGGCCGUUAGCACCACCAGUUGGGGGCUACAAAUUUUCUGGCCUCAAUUCUCCCAAGACCAGGACCACUGUCAACACUUAGGCCAUUAAAUGAUAAUCUGUACAGUGCGUUAUCAAAUCUAGAGGACCCCAAAGGGCUGCAGACUACCUUCAGUCAUUUACCCAUUCACUUGCUGAUGGCAGCAAGCUACUGGGUAGUAGCCACGUCUACCCUGGUGCCCAGUGACAGAGGCGAGGCUACCGGACUCUCUGACCACCGUCAGCAGAGGUGAUGGUGGUCAGACACAGUCAUUGUGUUCAAGGACAUAAUGACAGAAUCAAACCAGCAACCCACCAAUUGAGGGAUGAUCUUCUACCAUCCGCUGCCACUGUCACCCCUUUUACUUUUACCCAGUCAUGUUCAUUAUUUUCUCUAUUUUCUCUUUGAGUUUGUGGUAUUUCUCUGAUUUUUUACUUUGGAUUGCUAAGUUUUUCUUUUUCUGCAUCUUUUCUGAUUAGUCCACCAUCUUUUCUGGUUAGCCAUCUCCUGUCUCAGACUCAUCAUUCUCAGCUACUCUGGUUGGCGUUUGCCAUUUUGACAGCGAAACCUUCAGCCCACACUUAGCACAGAUGUUCUUGUGCACUGUUUCAGCCUCUUGGUAAUGACAUAUCCUGUUUACUUCUGUGGUCAGAAGUCUGUUAAGUCGUUGAGUGUUUCAGUGGCGUCUCUUCACAGCCGAACUCUCUGUUCCUGUCUGACGCGGUAGAACCUGACCUUUAUUAUUGCUGUGCUGCCAUGUGUUUCGCCUUUGUGUUUUCCUUCAGCCAUUGGCAGCACUUUUGUAGGUAAAAAUCUCAGAGAUUUAUCUCCCCAUGAUGAUUCCACUUGGAGAUACUCUUGCAUAUUGAGAUUUUCUUGCCAGAGACAUUUAGCAGUUCCUCUUUUGGGGCCAUAUUUCAGGAUCUUCGAUGUUUCGUCCUGCCUGAUGCUCACUAGUCCCUCCUUUAGCUUAGCUUACACUCUCAGGACUGAAGCUAAAACCCUGCUAGUGCAAUGAAACCCCGCCUUACUUUAUAAUCAUUCUGGAGCUUGAGCAGUUUAAUCGGAAGAGUGUUACUCUGUUCCCAUUACCAGUACGCUGGUAGAAACCAGCUCCUUGUUCUAUGUGUUGCUUCAUUCAGAGGUUCUGGACCCUCAGCUGUUGAGAAGAUUAUCAGAUGGAAUCAGUUUGGUGAUCUGAAACUUUUAGGCAAAAGUAAAACCAGAAGGAAUCUGUAAAGAGGGAAAUAGCAUCUUGCGAUUAUCAGAGGCCAUCAAUUAGGAUUCCCUUCGACAGAUUUCUGGAGGUGCCUCUGGUUUAGAGGAGUAGUGAAUCACGUAUGUUUUACCUGACUUGUGUAAAUUGUAGGCUGUUACAUCGUUUUUGUAGCGAUAAGAUUUUGAGAGGAAUUUUGCUUCAGCAAACUAUUUGAACACAUUUUUUUUGUUGUGUGUUUUUGCAUUUAAUUUUAAAGAAGGCACAAUUUGUUCUGCAUGUGAACAAGGUCGUUAUUCAUCACUUGUAAAUAUCAGCCAAGGUUUUAUCACCUUAUUUAUAGUAUAUUGGUUCCUGGCUGUGCGUAUUUGAAUGUUGAAUGUCUUUUUGGGUUUUUUUUUUCAUGAAGUAGCUUUUAAGUGUAGCUUUCAAAAAGUACAAAACUGUGCCAGUGGUUGUAAGAAAAGCCUCCCUCUUUUAUGUAGCAGAAAGAUCUGGUUUAUUUUUAAACCUUUACAGCUUUCACAUAUCUUCAGUAAUUAUAUUUUUUUUUUGCUGUGAGGCCAUAUAUCUGAACGCACCUUGUACUUCACGCAGCGAUUUCGAACUAUACAGUGUUGCCUGAUAUUUUACACCAUUAAAAAACAGUGUUUGACUGCUCA